CCAUUUUGGUGGAAAGUUUGGGAAAUUUACUCAGUCAGUCAGUCGCCGGGAGGAGGCGGAGGUGGAGCGGCAAAGUUUGAGGAACGCGGGCGGAGAGAGAGAGGGGAAAAAAAGAGAAGAAUCACCGGGACACCGGUCUGAUGCCGUGGAGGGAAUAACCGGAGACCGAGCGACUGGCGCUGGUGGAGGAUCACCCCUCGGGUCGGAGAGCCUCGGCAGCGUCAACUCCCCCGACCCUGAGGAGUGGGUCUCACUUCACACACAUACAUACACACACUCAGGAGGGGGGAGGCCGACGUCCCCACCAAGGGUGCCAGGCAGAUAGACUUGGAGGGGGCGGGAAACCAACGCCGCCCCCUCCCUAUCCCAGCGGAGAAGUAGCAGGGACCCGUCUCAAAUUGCCCCACUCUUUUGAAUGGAAGCAACUGGUUGCGGGAGCUUGUGAAUCUCAGAGCGGCAGCGAUCGGUACCAGCGUCCACCUAGUCAAGUGGCGAGGAAAGGGGAAUUCUCCGCCAGUCACCUUGAAAAAUUAGGACACCGGCGAAGAUUCGGACUCAUCAUAUCCUGACUCAUCAUAUCCCAAUUGAGUGUUUUCUGGCAUUAGGAGAAGGCGGCUCUGUAGUUUUUUCGUUUAAAAGUCAGAGAUGUGGGCUUGAGACAUUAAACUGGUUACUUUUUUUUGAAAGAAAAAGAAAAGAAACGUUUGCCUUUUAAGAUUAAGAGUUAGUGAAAUUACAGGGUGUAUGCAUUUAACGCCUUAUUUUCUCGGGGUGGGAACUUUGGAAUCUCACCAAUAAUUUUUAAAGCACUGAAGAAAGGAAACUAUCACCAACUUCCACAGAAUAAUUUAGACUUGAAGUUGAGGGAAUUGCCAUCUGUGCAGGGAAACCCUCUGCGAGAGGAUGCCAAUUCGAAAGCAAGAUGCGCAGCGAGCUCUGAAGCUCUUGGAGAAUUAUCGUGCCAAGCUCGGUAAGACCGAGGACCGUCAACUCCGUGCGUCCAUCGAAAGAGUCAUCAAUAUAUUCCGGAGCAACCUCUUCCAAGCAUUAAUAGAUAUUCAGGAAUUUUAUGAGGUGUCAUUGCUGGAUAAUCAACUGGUUCUUCCUCAGAAAACGACUGGCAUUAUUCCAGCUGUCCGUAACUGGGAUAUUUCUAGCCUUCCAAACACUGCUGUCACAUCGGAAUUGCUACCCAUCAGCCUUAGCCCCAGUGCAGAGGAUCACUCUCUGCUGAAUGAAAUACUUGAUGUUCUUCAGACUUCUGUUCCUACUCAGGUUAUAAAUAAGUAUCGUUAUCAAGAUGACGAUGCAUCUCCGCAAGAACACGGCUCUCCGCAGAUUAGCAAUGACGUGAAAGGCCCAGAGCUUGUACAUGUGUCAGAGAAGAACAUCUCUCAGAUUGAGAACAUUCAUGGUUUUGUUUCUCAGUCACAUAUAUCUCCAAUGAAGCAGAUAGAGGCUACUCCUCCCUCUACUCCUGUAAUCCCUGUGAUCCCUGUUAUGCCAGUCCCCGCUGAAGCCAGUAUCUUCUCGUCUGACAUUCAACAGGCGAAUCCACCUCCGGUUGUGGUGAAUACAGAUACUUUGGAGUCUCAACCAUACGUCAACGGUACUGAUACAGACUACGAAUAUGAAGAAAUCACGCUGGAGAGGGGGAAUUCUGGCCUCGGAUUCAGCAUUGCAGGUGGUACUGAUAAUCCACAUAUUGGUGACGAUCCAAGUAUAUUCAUUACAAAAAUCAUUGCAGGAGGUGCAGCUGCACAGGAUGGAAGAUUGCGGGUGAAUGACUGCAUCCUUCGAGUAAAUGAUGUAGACGUAAGGGAAGUAACGCACAGCAAAGCAGUAGAAGCUUUAAAAGAGGCCGGAUCGAUUGUGAGAUUAUAUGUGCGGAGAAGGAAACCAGUCACAGAAAAAAUCUUAGAGAUAAAACUAGUUAAAGGGCCAAAAGGUCUUGGUUUCAGUAUAGCUGGAGGUGUCGGAAACCAGCACAUUCCUGGAGAUAACAGCAUCUAUGUAACCAAAAUUAUUGAAGGAGGGGCUGCUCAUAAAGAUGGCCGGUUGCAGAUAGGAGAUAAAAUUCUGGCAGUUAACACAGCCAGUCUAGAUGAAGUUACCCAUGAAGAUGCAGUGACGGCUUUAAAAAACACAGCAGAAGUGGUAUACUUGAAGGUCGCAAAGCCAACCAGCAUGUACGUGCAUGAUGGGUACGCACCUCCAGACAUCACCAAUUCCUACUCACAGUUGGAAAACCAUAUUGCACCACCCACCUAUGUAGGAAGUACAGAAUACAAACAGUCUCUUCCUCCAUCAUCGCCAGGCAGAUACUCCCCAAUUACUAAAGUCGUGGGUGAUGACGAAAUGACCAGGGAACCUAGAAAAGUGGUUUUGCAUCGAGGAUCAACAGGACUAGGCUUCAACAUUGUUGGUGGUGAAGAUGGAGAAGGAAUCUUCAUUUCCUUCAUAUUGGCAGGAGGCCCAGCUGACCUGAGCGGUGAACUAAGAAAAGGAGACAGAAUCAUUUCGGUGAAUGGUAUUGACCUGCGGAGUGCCACCCAUGAACAGGCAGCAGCAGCACUGAAAAAUGCUGGCCAAGCAGUGACCAUUGUAGCGCAAUACAGGCCAGAGGAAUACAGCAGAUUUGAAGCCAAAAUUCAUGACUUGCGGGAGCAGAUGAUGAACAGCAGUAUCAGCUCUGGAUCGGGGUCACUGCGAACCAGCCAGAAGCGGUCCCUCUAUGUCAGAGCUUUGUUUGAUUAUGACAAGACCAAAGACAGUGGUCUGCCAAGCCAAGGCCUUAAUUUCAGUUUUGGCGAUAUCCUUCACGUGAUCAAUGCAUCAGAUGACGAGUGGUGGCAGGCCCGACAGGUGACGUUGGAUGGCGAGAGUGAGGAAAUCGGAGUGAUCCCAAGCAAACGAAGGGUUGAAAAGAAAGAACGGGCCAGGUUAAAGACUGUGAAAUUCAAUUCAAAAUCAAGAGAUAAAGGGCAGUCAUUCAAUGACAAGCGUAAAAAGAACAUCUUUUCCCGAAAAUUCCCCUUCUACAAGAGCAAGGAGCAGAGUGAGCAGGAAACCAGUGAUCUUGAACAGCAUGUAACCUCUAAUGCCAGUGAUAGUGAAAGUAGUUACCAAAUAAUGAUUACAGAUGAGUAUGGUGAAACGAGAGGUGGCCAGGAAGAUUAUGUCCUCUCCUACGAACCAGUUGGCCAACAGGAGGUCCGAUACUCUCGACCAGUUAUCAUCCUCGGACCCAUGAAGGAUCGAAUUAACGAUGAUCUGAUCUCGGAGUUUCCAGACAAGUUUGGAUCAUGUGUUCCACACACAACUAGACCAAAGCGGGAUUAUGAAGUUGAUGGACGAGACUACCACUUUGUCACAUCUAGAGAACAAAUGGAAAAAGACAUUCAAGAUCACAAAUUUAUUGAAGCCGGACAGUACAACAAUCAUCUGUAUGGAACCAGUGUGCAGUCUGUGAGAGAAGUGGCAGAAAAGGGUAAACACUGUAUACUGGAUGUGUCAGGAAAUGCUAUUAAGAGACUUCAAAUAGCCCAGCUGCACCCGAUUGCUAUCUUCAUCAAACCAAAAUCAGUUGAAAACAUCAUGGAAAUGAAUAAGCGUCUAACAGCGGAUCAAGCAAGGAAAACGUUUGACAGAGCCAUAAAACUUGAACUGGAAUUUACAGAACAUUUCACAAGUAUUGUGCAGGGAAAUGUGUUGGAGGAGAUUUACACCCAGGUGAUACAGAUUAUUGAAGAGCAGUCCGGGCCUUAUAUCUGGGUCCCAACCAAGGAGAAACUGUGAAGUCAUGUCAUAAACAUUGUCCAUUGUGUGUGAUGGCUCUGGACCCCUUCUGCAGGAUUCAUUCAUUCCUGUGAUCACAGAUCUCUCUCUUUUGUGUGUCAUGAAAAGUGAUUUGUCUUUCAAAUGGGGGCAUUCACAUCUCUUUUGUUUUUGUGAAAAUUGCUUGUACGUGAUACUCGAUUAAAGUUACCACCAUUGUUUUAUUUACAUGAAGGGGCACGGCCAGACUAGUUGAUGAAGGGAGAUUCUAUGGUACAGUUCCUUAAUGUUUAAGGGCAACAAAUCUUCAGCAAUUUUCAGAAAAAGCUUUAUAUAUAUUUUUCUUUUAAAAAUAAACAAAGGGAAAGUAAUCUUCAUGUGUAGCAUUGGAUUUGGAAAAUAAUAAUUCUGAGCAGCUUUUUGCACGGUGAAUUUUGGAAGCAUGGUUUGGCAGUGGAAAUCCUGGCGGCUUUAUUGUUUAUAGUCUCCUUCAUUACCUGCCCAGGCUAUUGGGAGGUCUUUUACUUCUUCCUUUCAGUGCUGGUUAAUUGAGUCCUGCAUACAUUGAACAAACUAUAAAUCCACAUUAGUCUUUCAUGUGCAAAGGGAUUUUUAUUCACUUUACAGAGGUUCUAUAAUAGACCAUGCUUUUAGUUUUAUUUUCCUUUUGCCAGUGAAAAUGCACGAUAUAUGUUUAUAUUGAAUGCCGAUUAGAAUGCGUUCCUAUGAUACUGCGAACAUUACUUACAAUUUUGCAGAGAAUCUACUUUUAUGAAUUUGAUUAUUUAGGGUGGGAGGGGGAGCAAAGAGAAGCCGGUGAAUAUAGUGACUAUUUUAAUUGAUAACUGACUUGAUUUUCAAUAGGACUUUUUGAAUAGGGAUGUUCUGGGCAAUGCAGUGAAAACGAACAAGGAACUGACUGAGGAACAGAGCUGAAAUCUAAUCAUGACUGUUUGUAACGGGCUGUAAGAUUUGAGAUUUUAAGAUAUAUAAUAAUUAAUCCUCAGUAACUAUGUAUUUUGAUAUAAAUUAUCAACUAUAUUAAGCAUACUUUUAACAAAAUACACUAUAUAACAUACCAGGAAUAUAUAUUUUCUUUGCUUCUAACCAUUUCCUCCAUGAAUGUUUUCUUUAUUUUCCAAGUAGGUGUGAAUUAGUUUUCCCAUCUUUAACUAUUGUGGAUUACACGGGGAAUGUGGUGGUGGGGAGAAAUGGUAUUUUAAGAAAAGGUGCAGGAAAUAAUCAAAAGAGCCAAUUCUCUUCUGCCCCACCCCACUCCUGGAAGUUCUGUGUGAGAUUCUUCAGAGAUGUGCAUGUUUUCAAAACAUUAAAGGCAACUUUAAAUGAUUUUUUACAUUUUCUGUACGUUUCUAUGUGGGAAUUGCAAAUAUGUCAUAUCUUCCACUGUAGCUUUCAAUCAGACAUUUACAUGUUUUGUUUUGAGAGAAUUUAUUUUAGCAAUUAUAAGGUAUGUUCUCAAAUAAAGCUCUAUCACUACAUUAUUAGAUUAACUGCCUGGUACCUGACCUUUGCUAGUUAUUUGGAGAUGACAUGUUUUAUAUAGGAAUAAUAUUACAAGCAGUUCAGUACACAUGACCUCUGGUGCUGCAGUUUGUACAGACUCAUCUAUAUCCGUUCCAUUGUCAAAUGAGGGGAACAGCUAAUAAAAUUUAAUGUACAAUUUA